GCGUGUGUGUGAGAAAAUGUGUGCUUAUUGUUGCUUUUAACGCGUGGGAACCUUUGAACACAACCAGGCUGGAUAUUUUCAACAAGAAAAGGACAAAAAAAUGGAGCAGGACGCAGAUCCACAACUUCCAGGGACGGUUGGCGGUCCUGCGACGGGUGGUGGGAGGAGGAUGACAAGACAGCAGACCCUCACCCUGAUAUCCAUGGCAUCGGUCAACUUCAGCUCCAUGAUCUGCUACUCCAUACUCGGACCUUUCUUCCCCAUCGAGGCAGAGAAGAAAGGAGCGUCACAGACGGUAGUGGGCAUCAUAUUCGGCUGCUACGCCGUGUCCAAUCUGAUCGGCUCCUUGGUCCUGGGUCAAUAUAUCGUUCAAAUUGGUGCCAAGAUGAUGCUCAUCCUGGGACUCUUCUUGUCGUCGGGCUGCACCAUCCUCUUCGGGCUGCUGGACAGAGUUCCCGCCGGGCCGACUUUCAUCGCUCUGUGCAUCGUGGUGAGGUCGGUGGACGCCGUGGGCUUUGCCGCCGCCAUGACCUCUUCUUUUGCGCUCUCAGCUAAAGUCUUCCCCAACAAUGUGGCGACUGUUCUGGGAAGUCUGGAGGUCUUCACAGGACUGGGCCUCAUCCUGGGACCGCCAGUCGGAGGGUGGUUCUACCAGUCCUUCGGCUACGAGGUUCCCUUCAUGGUGCUGGGGUGUUUCCUGUUGGCCAUGGUGCCGCUCAACAUCUACAUCCUGCCCUCCAUUGACGCCGUUUCCUCAAAGGCCUCCUUCUUCCGGCUCCUCAAAAACGUCAAAAUUGUUCUGCUCUGCUACGUCAUCUUCACGCUGAGCUCGGGUCUGGGCUUCCUGGACGCCACCUUGUCGCUGUACGCCGUGGACCAGUUCCAGCUGUCCGCCGGCUACGUGGGUCUCAUCAUGCUGGGUCUGUCCUUCCCGUACUCUCUGGGCUCGCCGCUCUUUGGCUUCUUCACGGAUAAAUACCCCGCGACCAGGAGCUGGUUCAUGGUGGUGGGAGGCGUCGCCACGGCCCUCGGGUUCCUGUUGCUGGGGCCCGUCCCUUUCCUCAACAUCCCAAAGCAUCUGUGGCUGCUGGUCCUCAUGCUGGGGAUAAUCGGGCUUUCCCUGGCUAUGACCGUCAUCCCCAUCUUCCCGGAGGUCAUCGCGUGCGCCUACGAAAAAGGCUUCGAGGAGGGACUGAGCACUCUGGGAAUGGUAUCUGGAAUGUUCGGCGCAGUUUGGUCCGCAGGGAUGUUCUACGGGCCCACCAUGGGCGGAGUCAUCACACAGCGUCUGAGCUUCGAGUGGGCCGCCGCCAUCCAAGGAGGUCUGGCCUUCUUUGGUGCUGUCCUGCUGGGGCUUUACUACGUCUCACAAUCAGCACAGCAACACAGGUUUCGGGGCGAGAGGGGACAGAAUGAAUCACGCCCUCUCCUGAACGGUCCUGUGUAAUAAAGUCAACAACACUACAUAUGCUCAUGUUAAAAGGGGACAAGUAAAUACUGUAUUAAAAAGCACUGAUUUGAAUAAAUCUUGUAAAUAUG